UUGCAGCGAUUAUCCACAGCGAAUGAACAUGCACAAGUGCAGCGUUGCAAAGCGCGUGCGAGAGCUGUGAUUGAAACGUUCAACCGCUUGGACUUGUUACUAACCAUCGAAUUUUCUGCAUCAGAUGAGAUCGCCCCUCUUAUCACCGACGUCACCAAUCUGCCAACGGCACUUGGAUUAUGCUAG